GACAAUGGUCCUACACAGUAAUACGCUUUCUCUGUUACAAAAUCAAUUCAUAGUCCAAAUUAUAAAUAAAUAAAGUGUUGAGCAAACAGAAAUGAACAGAACAUGAGUGUGCUAGGGCACUGCCAUCGACUUUACAAAAGAAUGUGAGCCAGAUUUAUUAGUCAUUUUAUUCGCUCUCCUAAGCUCUGGACGGGGCAGAUUAUAGAUAUAUGUGAAAAUGGUUCUCUUUCUCAAAGUACUUGGUAACAUUGGGAACUCAGUGAAGAAAGGCGAUGGCGACUUUUUUCUUCGCCUGAACUACUUCCAUACCCCAAUCGUCCUUGUUGCUGUGACGGUGAUUUCGUUUCUGGUUUUUGUCUUCGCUCCAAUGUUCGGAUCUCCAGCUGUGAACUGCUGGACCCCAGGACGCUAUCGCCCAGCUCACGAGGAGUACACAAAAUUUGUGUGUUCACUUUACGGACCUGGCUACAAGUACACACUGGAACUGAACAAGUACCAACAAGGAAUUGGGGUUCCACCACCAAAGCCUCUGGAUCAGAAAUAUCAACAGAGACCAGACUACAGAGUUUCAGUGAUACUCCUGUUGUUUCAAGCCAUCUUAUUCAUCAUUCCAAUCUUUAUCUGGAAGGCUGCUGUUUGCAAUACAGGAAUAACUGUUCCAGAUUUGACAAAUGAGGAAAGUGAAAAGCCAAAAGAGAAGUUUAUCGAACAAUUUGACAAAUACUCCAACAGCUCUGAUGAGGAGAGAGAAAAUCUCAAAAGAUGUAGUUCUAGCUUUUGCUUUGGUGUCAAUCGCUUCUUUGGAUGUUUUCUUAUCUCAGUCUUCAUUGCACUAAAGUGCUGGUACAUUGGUAAUAUCUUUUUACAACUCGCAUUCAUAUUUGGUCCUCAGGCAAACUAUGCAACCUCAAUAAGUGAUAUAUUCAAUUUCAGUGACACACAAACAUCUUUUGUGGUAGAAUAUUUCUGCGACUUUAGAAUCAUGGAGAAUAACGUUGCCAUUCACAAGCACACAGUGCAGUGCAUUGCCAGUACGUUUGCUAUCCAGCUCACACAAGGCUUGUACACUGCUCUGGUCAUGUGGUUAGUGGUUCUGUUUUUUGCCAACUGCUACAGCUUCCUCUCUUGGGUGUUCUAUCUCUGGCGCAUAUAUACGCCCAUCAAACAAAGUCUUAUGUAUGCAAAUGAAAAUGAACACCUCAUGCAGGAAUUCAUAGAUAACUACCUCAAAAAAGACGGAGUGUUGCUCCUAGGGAUGAUAGACAGAAAUACAGCUGCAAAUAAUGGGCAAGCAACUGGAAUUUUGGAGGGUUUGUGGAAGCAGUAUCUUAAAAAGAGACAUUUUAUUAGAGCCACUGCACCUGAUCCUAGUGAAAUGGAUCCUCUAAGACCCUAGACACAAAGAGUAUUAGAUCAUUAUACAGUGAUACUGACAAAAUAUCAUUAACCUGGAAAUUUCAAUGUUAUUUUUUCUUACUCCAACACCAUGUCUAAAACUGUUCACAGAAUUACAUUCUAGCAAGCUGAUUGUGAGCAGGGUUUUUUUU